GUUUGUUUUUGCCGGUCAAAAGUUGAUUUUGCGGUUUUUUUUAAUAAAAGAAUUAAUUAUUCAAGAAAGGUUUAUAAACGUAAUAAAUAAGUGAAUAAUGCUGGACAAAUUAUUCUUACGGUCGAAGUUCCGUGGAUGUCUUCUUGGUGCAUUGGUAGGCGACUGCUGUGGAGCACCUUUUGAAGGAGAACUCAUGGACAAUCGUUCCAAAUCGCUAUUACGAAACAAUCUGGAUAAGUUAGAAGGUCCCUAUUUUAAAGCACCCUAUAAAAAAUAUACAGAUGACACUGCUAUGACAAUUUGUAUGGCUCGUACAUUUCUUGAUCCUCAGGGAUAUUCGCAAUCAUUAUUGGCUAGAAAUUUUGUAAUUGAGUACUUUAAAGACCCAAACCGCGGCUAUGGGGCAGCGGUUGGAGAGGUGUUCAUGAAAUUAAAGAAAUCUAAAAUAUCUGAUCCAGUUGCGCCUGCUCGAGAGCAAUUCGGAGGAAGUGGUUCGUACGGAAAUGGUUCAGCAAUGCGUGUAUCGCCCAUCCCGUUAUAUGCAUUACAAUGCAAUAAAACGGUAAUGAUCAAACUUGUACAAGACACUGCAACAAUCACGCACGCCCACAUACUUGGAAUUAAUGGAGCCAUUCUACAAGCUCUCGCCAUACGCCAGUGCUUGUACUUAAAUCCGGAAAAAGGGUUUGAUUGGCUCCAGUAUCUGACUGAAUUGAAAAACGAUAUUUCUGAAAUAGAAAAAACUGGAGAUAUUCUUUUAGAAGACCAUGGCCAAGCCUAUCAAAAACAGUUAGGUGUGAUUGAACAGUUAUUAGAAGGGCAAAUAGAACCUAAUGACGAAAAUGUACUAAACUUGUUAGGACACAGUGUUGAAGCAUUAUAUUCCGUACCGACAGCUAUAUAUUGUUUCCUACUAAAUACUUCGCAAAAAGGUGUGAAUAGCACACAAAAGGAGCAUCAUGCUUUUCGCCAAACAUUGGAAUAUGCUAUUUCUCUUGGAGGUGAUACAGAUACAAUUGCUAGCAUGGCCUGUGCAAUAAGCGGUGCUUAUUUUGGUGAAUCUGUUAUAUCCGAAAAUAUAUUAAAGCACUGUGAGGGCACUGAUGUAAUUAAAAAAUGUGCCGAUGAUUUGCUAGAGUUACAAAAGAUAUAGUUAUUUUAACGGUGAAAGUAGUACAAUAAAGCAAUUUAAAUU